AUGGUAAUUGUCCAAAUUGGUUACGCAGGCCAAGAUAUUCUGUUCAAACUUGUGAUCGAAGAUGGUGUGAACGUCAGAGUUGUUGUGGCAUAUCGUCUCAUCUUUGCCACCAUUUUUAUGUUCCUCCUUGCCUUCAUCUUCGAAAGAUAUUGUUGCUCCAUGUCCUUACAUAGGAACAAGAGGCCAGAGUUUACAUGGAGGCUUCUUAUCCUGGCAUUUCUUGUGGGGUUAUUCGGUCAUGAAAUAACGUGGAUUCCAGUAUUGCUAGUAGAUAAUCAUGUUUCUCUUCUUUUUUGUCACAAGAAUAAUCAUGUUUCUCUAACAUUUUAUCAACUUGGAAAAUGCAGCUCGGCAGGACCGAAUAUCCUCUUUGCUGAGGCCCUGGCUAGGACAACAGCUACGUUUAUUUCAACUGCGACCAUACUAGUCCCGCUAGUAACAUUCGUCUUGGCUGCUAUACUUAGAACGGAACAUGUACAUCUUGGAUCAAAAUAUGGAAAAGCUAAAGUGAUCGGGACACUACUUGGCGUUGGUGGAUUAUUUUUCUUUGUAUUGUACAAAGGAAAAGAGAUCCAUCUUUGGUCGUCUCGUAUUCAUCUAGGAGGCCGGACACACAGUGAUACAACUCCGAACAUUUCUAUACUUGCGGCCUUUCUUGCUCUAGGAGGCGUAAUCUCUUAUUCCUUUUGGGUUCUAUUGCAGGUUAAGAUAGGUAACGGACUUGGGGGACCUUAUUGGAACACUGCUUUGAUGAACAUGAUGGGGAGCUUGGUGGCUCUUCUUGUGGCUCUUAUUUGGAAACCUGAUUUUGAAGAAUGGAGAUUAGGAUGGGAUAUUAAACUGUUUGCCCGCAUCUUUUCGGGAAUUAUGAUUUCCGGUAUGGCAUUUGCUGUCAUUGUGUGGUGUGUGGACGCUAAUGGACCAGUAUUUGUGUCCAUGUUUAGGCCUGUACGACUAGUGGUUGUUGUCAUCGUCGCAUCACUUAUUUUACAAGAGCCUAUUUAUUCCGGGAGCAUUAUAGGUACAGUCAUUCUUGUGGGAGGACUGUACCUCGUCUUAUGGGCUAAGAAGAAAGAAAUGAAGAGUAUGUCAAAUCCAGUAGAAACAAAUAGGACAGAUCGUAAUGUUGUCUGAUAUAACAACAUCCUGACGUGAGAAUUUAGCCGCCACAAGCAACAUUAUGUAUUACAUAAUAAAAUAAAUAUAAUCUUUUUUACACAGAAUUCAAAAUUUUGCUUGUUUUCAAC